ACUGCUCUUGCAUAUCACCGAGCUUGGCAUCAUGUUGACGCGAGCGGACGGAUCCUCGGGAAGCUUGCAACACGUAUUGCUCUUGUUCUGAUGGGCAAGCAUAAACCAAUAUAUGACCGGUCAAUCGACUGUGGCGACUACGUUACUGUUACCAAUUCUCGCGGUAUUGUUGUGUCUGGGCAGAAAGCCGAACAGAAACUUUACCGACAUCACACCAUGUACCCUGGUGGUUUGAAGGAGAUACCAUACAAAAGAAUGAUGGAAGUGAAGCCAGAAAUGAUUCUGCGGAGAGCUGUAUCAGGGAUGCUACCGAAAAACAAAUUAAGAGAAAGGCGAUUAGAGCGGCUGUUCAUCUUUGAGGGCGACGAGAAUCCUCAUGCUGCAAAUGUCAUCAAGCGAUGGGAGGACGGUCAAGUACCAGGGUUAGGCCCUCGGCCACGAUAUCCAGCUGGGGUCAAAGCUACACUAUAUGAUCGACUUCGUCGAAGAUAGCACAAGGAAGAUGGGUACUCAUGUAUCAUAAUCAUAACAUGUUAAUAUGAAAUCUCGGCCAGAAGAGAAAGCCAUGCUGUAUGAUUUGGAAAGUACCAAUUUAACGACACUUAUUCCACCUCCC